UGCCCUGGAGAGACCCUCUGUCCCCUGCUGCCCCCACCUCCCCUGGCCCAGACUUCUGCCCAUAAUGCCCAUCCCUGAGCAGCAGCCCUACCCAGGCUGGGCUCUGGGUGCCAGCUGGUUAUGGACAUGCCACCUGAGCCCAGGCCAGGAGCCCCUGGAUUCAUGAGGCUAUUUUAAGCACAUCUUGGCCAGCACUCCCCUGGCCCCCAGAAGCUCAGCUACUGGUCAUCUGCCACCGCCUAGAAUGCUGAUUGGCAGUUGGCUGGGGUGGGGGCUGGGAAAACACUGUUAUAAAGCUGGGAGUGUUAGGGAACAGCCGUCCCUGUCCAGAGUCCUCUGUAGUCCCUGCUGCCACCAUGGCCACCCACCGCCUCGUGAUGGUCCGGCACGGUGAGAGUACUUGGAAUCAGGAGAACCGUUUCUGUGGCUGGUUCGAUGCAGAGCUGAGUGAGAAGGGGGCUGAGGAGGCCAAGCGGGGAGCCAAGGCCAUCAAGGACGCCAAGAUAGAGUUUGACAUCUGCUACACGUCGGUGCUGAAGCGGGCCAUCCGCACCCUCUGGGCCAUCCUGGACAUCACGGACCAGAUGUGGCUGCCUGUGGUCCGCACUUGGCGCCUCAAUGAGCGGCACUACGGGGGCCUUACGGGUCUCAACAAGGCGGAAACAGCUGCCAAGCAUGGAGAAGAGCAGGUGAAGAUCUGGAGGCGCUCCUUCGACAUCCCACCGCCCCCCAUGGACGACAAACACCCCUACUACAACUCCAUUAGCAAGGAGCGUCGGUACGCAGGCUUGAAGCCUGGGGAACUGCCCACCUGCGAAAGCCUCAAGGACACCAUUGCUCGGGCCCUGCCCUUCUGGAAUGAGGAGAUCGUUCCCCAGAUCAAGGCUGGCAAGCGAGUGCUCAUCGCAGCCCAUGGGAACAGUCUGCGGGGCAUUGUCAAGCACCUGGAAGGGAUGUCAGACCAGGCGAUCAUGGAGCUGAACCUGCCCACAGGGAUCCCCAUUGUGUAUGAGCUGAACAACGAGCUGAAGCCCACCAAGCCCAUGCAGUUCCUGGGUGACGAGGAAACGGUGCGGAAGGCCAUGGAGGCUGUGGCUGCCCAGGGCAAGGCCAAGUGAGGGGUGGGCUUGGGCAAUAAAGGCACCUCCUCCCACA